AUUUUAAUUGAGAAUGGAUUGGGCAAGAUUAGAGAUCAUUAUCCCUAUAAUUCUCAUAUUUAUAUAUUUCUUGUAUUAUAGAAAAUUUAGAUUUUAUCUCAUAGCUGAAAAAGCAUAGUCAAAUGUAGUAAGACAUAAAUUAGCUAGAGGAACACCUCCACCUUCAUAUCCAAAUGGAUGGUAUCGUCUUUGUAGAAGUUCAGAAUUGAAGAUUGGGUAAAAAAUUUCAUAAUAAUAAAAUAUAGAUAAGUAGAAGAAAUCAAAUUUGCUGGUCGACAUAUAGCUUACUAUAGAGGAACAGAUAAAGUUGUUUAUGCAGUUGCUGCUUAUUGUCCACAUAUGGGAGCUAAUUUAGGAAUUGGUGGAUAAGUUAAAUUCAAAUCUUGUAUCGAAUGUCCAUUCCAUGGAUGGGCAUUUGAUGGUAAAACUGGAUUAUGUGUUAAUUCUGAAAAAUUAGACCCUAAAAUUGUAUCAACUUAUUGUUACAAUAAUAUUGAAAAGAUGAAUCCUAAUUAAAAAGGAGAAUAUUUACAAAAAGUAGAAGAAGGAGAAAUAAAAAUAAAAACUUAUCUUGUGAAAGAAUUAAGAGGAAUAGUUUAUAUAUGGUUGCAUUGUUUGGAAGCUAAACCAUGGUAUGAUCCAAUAGUAGAGAAGAGUGAUCAUCUUUAAUUAAGAGGAGAGAGUGUGAAUUAUGUAAAUUGUCACAUUUAAGAAAUUCCUGAGAAUGGAGCAGAUGCAAGACAUUUUGAUUAUAUUCAUUCAUCAGUAAAUGAUUAUAUUCCAACAUGGUUAAUAAGUUUUAAAUGGACAAUGAAGAGUUUACCUGCAAAUGAUCCAGAUUUUUAUAAGAAGAUGGAACAUAAUAAAGAAAAGGUUAGAAAAUAUUAAAAGAAUUUAUUUGAUUAAUAUUUAUCAAAUAAAGAAUUACGAUAAUAUAUGAAUGUUUUAUGUUUAGAUGCUUAUUUAGUAUUUUUUAAUAAAUGGAAGUUUAAUGUAAUAUGGGCAACUGGAUUUUAAAUGGGGCCAGCAACAGUAGCAUUAUAUGUAUUAUCUGAUGUUUUUGAAGCUUUAUAUAAAUAAGCAAUAUAACCAGUAGAGAGAUUCAAUUUAAAAGUGUUUCAUACAUUAUAUACAACAAGUUCAUUACCUUAUUGGGCAAGUGCUUAUAUUUUAGGUGGUGAAUUAAGAUAAGUAAUUGCAGAUGUUAGUUUAUGGAAUAAUAAAAUAUUUACAGAUAAAGUUGCUUAUAAUUUAAAAGGUGAUGCUGAUCCAUUAUUAUUAAGAUGGAGAUAAUGGUAUGCACAAUUUUAUGAAGGAUCCAGAGAAUUUGAAAAAAGUUUAGAUGCUUUAGAAUGGUGA